AUGUCUGAAAUGGAUAUGUAUGGAGUUGAUGAAGAGGAAGAAGAGUUUUACGAGGCCAUUAGAAUUUUAUUAAUGGCAAUACAAGCAGUGAUUUAUGUGUUAUAUGAUCUUGUGCUCAGCAUACCAGAUGAAAGUAUUAGACGUCCAUUGACUCGGAGACCAGUGACAUCAAAUGGGUACAUAUACAUGAAUAAGAUACUGGACGGAGACCCUCAUAUCUUUCGGGAGGUUUACAGAAUGUAUCCUGACGUGUUCCGGAAAUUUGAACCUCGAAUGAUAUUCGAGCGAUCCCAUUUCACUGUUAGCAAAAGUUUCAACAAAAUCUUAAAGGCCUUAAAUAUAAUAGCUCCAGAGUUUAUGGCUAAACCACCGUCACCUAAUACCACACCACCAAACAUAAGAGAAAGUACAAGGUUUUAUCCUUUCUUUAAGGAUUGCAUUGGAGCUAUUGAUGGCACACAUAUUCCUGCAACAGUUGUUGGACGUGAGGUAAGCAGAUACAGAAAUCGCCAUGGGAAGAUAUCACAAAAUGUGUUAGCAGCUUGUAACUUUGAUUUACAAUUCAUAUAUGUGCUUAGUGGAUGGGAGGGUUCUGCUCAUGAUUCAAAAGUGUUAAAUGAUGCUAUUUCUAGAAGUUCAGAUGAAUUUCCUCCUGAACCAGAAGAUGAUCCGGUAGAGAAUGAAGAAGAUAAUUUUGAAUGGGAUGAUUUUCAAACCCAAGAGCAGCAAAGAGAUAAUGCUAAUCAAUGGAGAAUGAGUGUUGCUAAUCAGAUGUGGGCAGAAGCUCAAGCAAAUGCCAACAAUGUAAACAAUGACAAUGAAGAAAGUAAUCAUGAAGGAGAAGAAUGA